AUGGAGAAUGGAAAGGGAGGGUUCAGAAAAGGCCGGAAGCUGGCGUCCAGUCGCAGGAGGCAGAUACGAGAGCCAGCGGACGGUCAGGAUGCCCCCGCUACUCCAGAGCCCGCGUCCUGGCCCUCUCACUCCGAAGAAGAGCUGCAGUCCUUCUUCCGAGACUGUGGUGCCAGAGAGAGGGGCUUCGUCACCAGAGAGGACCUGGAGGAGGCCAAGUUCAGCUUCCUGGGUAACGAGGAGCCACAGAUGAUCUUUGACUGGGUAGACACGGAGCACAAGGGCCGCCUGUCGCUGGAAGAAUUCAGUUCUGGACUCAAAAAUGUCUUUGGCUUCAGCCCCAGGACCCACAGGCUUCGCAGAAAACGACCAGUGCCCUCUCAACGAGCAUCUGGGGCCUUCAGCUUGCCUGCCCUCGAGGAGGCCGAUGCCAAGGAGAAGGAGGCCUUCCUGGCCCUUGUAGGGCAAAUGGGGACCGGCCACUCCCUUUCUGAGCAGGCUGAGAUCUGGAGGCUGUGGGGGGAGCUGCAGCAGGAGGAGCCCCAACUGGCAGGCAAUUUGGAGGGCUUCCUGGCCAAGAUGAGCAGCCGUCUGCAGGAGGCUCGGGCUGACCGGGAGGCCCUGGAGCGGACACUGAGAAAGCAAGACUCUGACCAUCUCCACAAGGUGAGACAGCUCUAUGAGGAGACGGAGGAGCAGAUCCGCAGGGAGAAGCAGCAGCUGCAGGCCCAGAGCGACUCCCGGGGCAUGGCCCUCAGCACCCACAUGCAAGAGGUUCUGGAGGCCAAGGAGCAAGAGGUUCAACGGCUGGCAGAGGGCCAGAGAGAGCUGGAGGCUCAGCUCCUCCACCUCAGCAGCUCCCAGCAGGAGGCCAGCUGGGAGAACCUGCAGCUGAGGGAGGCUGAGCGAGACCUGGCUGGGCAACUGGAAGAGGUGCGGGGACAGCUACAGGUGACAAGGGGCCAUCUGAACACUGCCAGGGGCCGAGUGUCCUGGCAGAUAGAGGAAGAGCCAAGUGUCCCCAGAGAAAACGAGAAGGCCCCAGACCCCCAGGCUGUCCCCACUGAGGAGGCUCCACCACUGCCUGAGCUGUUUGGGGACAAUGAUGACUGGAGCCAGCUCCUGAGCAGCUUUGGAGACCAUUCCCACAGAGCCCUGCAGCUUUGCUGGAGCCCACCCCCAACCCCAAGUGGCACCUCAGGCCCCCAGACUCCCCGAAUUGUUAGGCAGAUCUCUAUUUCCCAGAUGCCAGCUUUACAGUUUACUCGAGAGUCAACCACAGAUCCAGACCCAAGUCCCAGAAGCCCUGCCGGGGUGCCUGCCGGUGCCAAAGACAGGCAAGGGGUGGCGGACCCCGAGGGACAGGAUGGACAGGAUGGCAGUUCUGAGCAGCCUGUGGACACUCCUGGCCUGGAAGCUGGAUCCAAGUCCCCCUUUCCCUGGAGCCUGCCAGCAGCCCAGGCCGAGGAGUCUGGGAGUGCGGGGGCAGAGGCUUUCAGAGUGCUGCUGGCUCCUGAGGCUGAGCCCCCUCCUCAGGGCCUCCCUCCGCCUCCUCAGUCUCCAGCUGGGUCCAGAAAACAGUCCCAGGCCCCAGAUCUCAGUGACAAGAGCCUUUGGCCUGAACCUGAUCCAGCUAAGCUGCCCAUGGAAAAAGAGGUCUUGAGAGAGAACCUGAAGGACCUGGGCUUAGAGUCCCAGGGUGCCACGGCCCUCCGUGAGGGGGCUGCAGAGCCCUCCCUGAGCCUGGAGCCUGUGAGCCAGGUACCCACAGAGAUGCCAGUGCAUGGUGAGGCACGCCUGGCCAGGCAGGAGGGUCAUCCUAGGGACUUCCAAGAAGCCCCUGGCCAGGUCCUUAAGCUGGAUAGCCUGUCCACUCACCUUCUCCAGAGUCCCCAAGUGCAGCCCAGGUCAAAGGAAGGAAACUCAGAAGAGGGAGGCCAGGAGGACCCAAGGCCAGAACAGGCCGGUGAGGCUCACGACCUUGAAGCCAGGAACCCAGAAUCUCCCCAACAAGAUGAUCCCCUGUCUGACACAUCACAGGUUCCUGCUGAGACAGAAGUCCCUGCUUCUGGCAAAAUAUCUCCUCUAAGAGGCUCUCCCCUCAUGGGGCUUGGGGCUGGGCUUGCAGUGGGAGCCCCAGAGACCACACAAGCCCUCCUAACCUUGGCUGAACCAGAAGCCCAGCCCAGGUCCAUAUCCAUACCUAUUCAGGUGGAGAGCAAGCCGGACACCUCACAGCCCACGGAGCCAGGGCUACCGAGCAGGCCGGAGGACCCAGGAACAGACUCAGGGGAGGCCAAACUGACUUUCCCCGGGGGCCUUACUGCUGGCAAGCCUCAGGCUGACCCUGACUACCUCUACCAUGUCAUCUUCUUGGGGGACUCCAAUGUGGGCAAGACCUCAUUUCUACACCUGUUACACCACGAUGCCUUUGCCACCGGGCUGACAGCCACUGUAGGAGUGGAUUUUCGUGUCAAACGCCUGACGGUAGACAACAAGAACUUUGCACUCCAGCUGUGGGACACAGCUGGGCAAGAGAGGUACCACAGCCUCACUCGACAGCUGCUUCACAAGGCGGACGGGGUGGUGCUCAUGUAUGACGUCACCUCCCGAGAGAGCUUCAGCCACGUGCGUUACUGGCUCGACUGUCUGCAGGAUGCGGGUGCAGAUGGGGUGGCCAUGGUCCUGCUGGGAAACAAGAUGGACUGCGAGGAGGAGAGACAGGUGCCCACUGAAGCCGGGCGAAGACUGGCCCAGGAGCUGGGGAUCUCCUUUGGUGAGUGCAGCGCCAUCCUGGGUCACAACAUCCUGGAGCCCCUGAUGAACCUGGCUCGGACACUUAAGAUGCAGGAAGAUCGCCUGAAGGCCUCGAUGGUAGAAGUGACCCACCAGCAACCACCCAAGAGAGCUGGCUGCUGCCGCUGACCACCAGUCUGGUCCUGUCAUGGAGUGUCUCUUCUCAUGGCUUCCAUUCCGCUUCCUGGACACAGCCUCGGCAGAGAAGCCCUGCAGGAGACAAUGUCACCUCUGUUUCACCGAGCAAACAUGGCUGGGGUUGAGGAUACUUUCCCUGGAUGGGGUACCCUCAGAUCUUUCAUUUACCCAGGCGGCAAGAUGUCGGGGUAUUCUAGUUUAAUUUCUGCUGUGAUAAAUACUGGCCAAAAGCAGCCCAGAGGAGGAAAGGGGCUCUUCAGCUAACACUUCCAGGUCACUAUCCAUCGCUGAAAGGAGUCAGGACAGGAACUGAAGUGGGAACCAUGGAGGGACAACUUCGUGCUAGCUCACAUGCUUAGCCUAAUGCUUAGCCAGCUUUUUUAUAGAUAGCCCAGGCCCUCCUGCCUAGGAAUGGCGCUGCCCACAGUGGACCGAGCCUUCCUAAAUCAAUCAUCAAGCAAGACAGUGUCCCACAGACAUGCCCACGAUGGGCCAAUCUGGAAAGGCCAUUCUUCAUUUAAGUUUCCCUCUUUCCUGGUGAUUCUAAAUUGUGUU